UCUGUUUCCGCCAGAAGGAGGAGGAGGCUGAAUGGAAAAUGGCGGACGGCGUAGACCAUAUCGACAUCUACGCCGAUGUGGAAGAGGAGUUUAACCAGGAGUCCGACUACAACGUCCAUGAGCAGAUAGACCUGUACGAUGAUGUCAUCUCACCCUCCGCCAACAACGGCGAUGCCCCAGAAGACCGGGACUACAUGGACAGUCUCCCCCCACCUGUAGGUGGCGAUGGAGGCAAAGGGGCUCCAUCCAAUGUGGUCUACACCUACACUGGGAAGCGUGUUGCCCUAUACAUUGGCAACCUCACCUGGUGGACGACAGAUGAGGACCUGACUGAAGGGAUUCGCUCGUUGGGCGUAAAUGACGUGCUGGAGAUCAAGUUCUUUGAAAACCGGGCGAACGGCCAGUCCAAAGGGUUUGCCCUAGUCUGUGUGGGCUCUGAGGCCUCCUCAAGGAAGCUGCUGGAACUCCUCCCCAAACGGGAGCUUCAUGGCCAGAACCCCCUCGUCACGCCAUGCAACAAGCAGUCGCUCAGCCAAUUCGAGAUGCAGUCCAGAAAAAGCACGCAGUCAGGACAGAUGUCUGGAGAGGGCAAGGCGGGUCCCCCAGGUGGAGGUCCUCGUGGUGGGUUCCCCCUGGGUCGUGGCAGGGGACGCUUCCCAGGCCCCGUUGGGCCACCUGGAGACCGCUUUCCAGGGCCCAUAGGACAUGGGGGCCCCCCUCUCCAUUUUCCAGGUCUGCCGGGUCCCCCACGGCCUCCAAGUGGCCCACCGGGGCCUCCAGGCCCUCCUGGGCCCCCACCUCCUGGACAGGGCCUCCCACCUCCUGUGUCUGGCCCCCCAAGUCGGGGUGACCGCCCCAUGCCCCCAGUCCUAUUCCCGGGCCAAUUUGGCCAGCCACCUUUAGGUCCUCUUCCUCCAGGCCCCCCACCUCCUGUUCCAGGCUAUGGGCCUCCGCCAGGUCCCCCCCCCCCACAGCAAGGCCCGCCUCCCCCAGGACCCUACCCUCCAAGGCCCCCUGGCCCCAUCGGCCCACCCCUUGGCCUGGCUCCCCCACCACACAUGGGUGGCCCUCCCCCCGGUGGCCCCCCCCCAGCCCCUCACGUCAAUCCGGCAUUCUUCCCUCCACCCGGCAACGGUGCCAUGCCGUCAUCUGACAGUCGCGGGCCCCCUCCUAAUGACCCCUAUGGCCGCCCCCCACCGUACGACAGAGGAGACUUCGGCCCCGGUGGCAGGGAGAUGGACACGGCUCGAGCUCCCCUGAGCGACGCUGAGUUUGAGGAGAUCAUGAACCGCAACCGGGCGAUAUCCAGCAGCGCCAUCUCCAGGGCGGUAUCGGACGCCAGCGCAGCUGAUUACGGCAGUGCCAUCGAGACCCUGGUCACGGCCAUUUCCCUCAUCAAGCAGUCCAAGGUGUCGGCAGACGAUCGCUGCAAAGUGCUGAUAAGCUCCCUGCAGGAUUGCCUGCACGGCAUCGAGUCCAAAUCCUAUGGUUCUGCUUCCAGACGGGAGAGGUCUAGGGAGAGGGACCACAGCCGCUCGCGGGAGAAGAGCCGCCGGCACAAGUCGCGGAGCCGAGAGCGGCACGAGGAUUACUACCGCGAGCGCAGUCGCGAUCGCGAGAGACACCGGGACCGGGACCGAGACCGCGAGAGGGACAGAGACCGCGAGAGGGAGUACCGCCACCGUUAGCGAAGUUGGAGGGAGGAUCAGGGACUGCAGUGUCAGCGUGGUCGUUUGGGGACGGACCGUCACCGACCAUCUCUUCUCCGCCUUGGAGGGACCGGCCUCCACGUCCACAGCUAUGACGGACGCAUCAACAGAUCAGCUCAGAAAGCGAAACCUGCAAUUGUGAUCAACCUGAUCGAUUUAUUUUUACGAUGCUUUCUGAGUUUAUUUGGUAUAUUAUUAAAAGAAAAAAACCAGUGUGAUUGAAUGUUACUGAUUUUCCAAAAUAAGAUGCGUGCUCUGUACACAAAAAAAAACCUUUUUAACAGAUGUUUAAUUUUCUGUAGAUAAUUGUCUUACUGUUUUUACAGGUUUUGUGUUUUUUUUUUUUUUCCCUUCAGGUAAUGUCUGUAGUGUCAAGGCUUUUUACGAUAGACUUAGUGUUGUAAUAAACUGUUUACUGGGACCGAAUGAUCCAUAUUUCUCCCGGUUUCUUUGCAUCCCGCAACUGCCUUGGUCUUCUUUCCAUUUGCAUUAAAUGUAGAUGAUGUCAAUGAAUUUAAAUGCAUCCCACUGAUUGCUUGAUUUGAGCCUCUAGCAGUUUUUUUUUUUUUAAUAAAGUAUUUUUUCACAGUAAUGUGGGUAAAGAAAAUUUCGUUUUAAAUAUGUUUUAAAGUGGCUUUGUAAACAUGAGGGUGGCACUCAGUGUCGGUCUGGCAAUUUGGUAUUCCAGUGAAAUGCUUUGCGAUUGGAUGGCCGCACUGUUUCGUUUUGUUUGUUCGCAGUGUUUUUUUCCACACUUGUUUGUUGGAACGAAUCGUAUAGACAUGCGUGUGUGUGUCUGUAUGCAUGCAUGCACGUUCAGAGUCGUUGUCUCCGUAAUUGCUGAUGACGUUUGAGCUGAGCCAUACAUUGUACAUUUUUGGUUUAUUUCUUAGCUAGAUUAAUUUCCUACAUGUCCUGUCCACUCAUUGAACAGCAGAGCCUGCUUUUACAGUUGAUCGGAGGCGAAACCGAUAUGGUUAUCAAAUGAACUGUAUGUGGGCAGAGAUUAAUGUAUCAUUUAUGCAUGCUGUGUUUUCAUGGUAGAUUUACCACUGUUGUGGCUUCGCUGCCAUGUAAAAAUGUCACAACGUACAGAAAAUGAGAAUGGAUUUAGGUUACCUCUACUGUUAAAUUUUUUUAUUUUUUUUUUGCUAAGAACAGUUUCACUGAGAAAUUGUCUAAACUUUUUCACUGUGUGUCUUUUUGGGUCCCUGUGGCAAAGUGACUUCCUGUCUCCCUGUUGAGGAUGGUUGUGAGGCAGAAACGGUUUUCAUUGGGCUUCUGGACCCAAGGUCCUGGAAGCUUGGUGCUUUGCUCUCAUGGGGUCAGAGAAAAUGCUAUGUUUAAGAGGAACUGUCUUAAUCCACUCUGCAUUUGGUUCCUGUAUAAAAUCUGCCAUAGGUUCUUACGACCUUUUCUGUCAAGUAUGUUUGUUUCUGAAUGGAUCGAUUGAUUGUUUGGUCUACAAACUGCUGAAUUUCAUCACUAUGCAAAUCUGAGUAUGGCUGUGCAAAUUAUUCCUCUGAAAAUAUGUUUAAAGUUUUUAAAGGAUAAAAGCUGCAGAGCUCACUUGUAGGCUAAGCCCAAAGCUGCCAAUAUUUAAAAUGAAGUUUAUGGGAUAUGGCAAAGGCAGUCAGUUGUGGUCUGUUCGCAUUAGCCUGAAUACUCUUGUUUGUUGCAGUCUGUACAGGAGUUCCAGUACAUGUUGGUUGAGUCACUUUUAUUUUUUCCAGUCUUUUGACCGUGGCGCCCAGGUAAGUCAGUUUGAGCUUUAAAAAUUCAUACUGAGACAUUUUUCUUGGAUCUAAUCAAAACAAUCGUUUUUAUCUUUCUGUUUGAGGGCUUCGGAAACAUAUAAAUUUCACAAAUAUUUUCUGAAGCCCCCCAGGACCGAGAUUUGUUACUCCAUAACUUCUCUUCCAAGGCAUCACUCGGCUAACCACAUAAGUGACGCGAAGCUGCAAUGCCGGAGUUGUGAAUUCUUUGCUCUUUCAGGCUCUUCAGAACGUGCAGUUCGGCGAGAGGUAAGUCCCACCGCAGCCCCUCAGAAAAUGACGCCCAGUUGGUCGCUACCAUCCUGAUAAGUCAAACCCAAAAGUUUAUCUAAUCAUGUUGUGCGUGCAAGGUUCAAAUCAAGCCUGAUAGCUGCACGUUAAUCUGCUACUCUUUACAUGUAAUGUAAAUUUCAUCACCAUAAUAUGGAGCAUGGAAAUCAGUUUGGAUUUCUGGUUUAAGAUUUAUGUAUAGAAUCUUAAUCAUAAGUGAAUUUUAGUCCUUAAGCCUAAUCAAAUUUCAGUAGUGGAUGAUAUAGAAUAUAGCAGACUGACUGCGUUUUCCCUACUUUCCUUCCCAAGUAAUUAUGUUAUCUUUUGUAGUGGUGCAGUCCUGAGCUAAUGUGUGGGCUAUAAAAACCCAUUAAUAAAGUAACGUUUUUCCUACCAAA